CACUUAACUAUUUAAGGACUCUAUGAAUCACUACAUAUUCUUAAUCUACAUAUGUACAUGUAAAAGAGAUGAAUAAAAUUGAGGUCUUCAAGGCUUUAAAACUCGGGCUGUUAUCAUAACAAAAUUAUUAUCCAUGAAAACAUUUGAUCCUAAAAUUCAUCGCCUGUCGGAGUAACUCACAAAACACACAUCACAAAAAAAAAACAAAAUCGAAUCUCAAGAUUUUUUAGUCCUACCCAUAUUAGUAACCUGCUCCAUAACAUUCAAUAGUGUGGGCGUACAUUAAAAUUCUGACUAGGUCGCAUCGAGCAGUCUCGUACAAUUUGGUCAUAAUAUAUUUUCACUUGCAGAUUUAAGCCAUUUGAGACUUGAGUCGUGAGAACGUAAAGUGAAGUGAAACUGUAUGUGAACACAUGUGAUUUGUUUAUUGUUUGUGACGGGCUUAUGGGGCAAUGCGUAUCCCGGAGCCAUCCGGGCCCGUAUUCCUUCUCCCGGCAUUAUGAUGCUGAGAGUCUAGCCAGCAGUGUCGGAGGAGCUGUAAGGAGGGGUCACUCUGAGUCGAAGGGUGCAAAGAAAAGAGAGAAGAGCGCGGGAGGCAACGGGAACAAGCCGAGCCGUGGAGUCGCCACAUCCUUCGGGUUCCGGAGGCGGCCCGCCAGCUCCUCGCGAGCCGACGACAACGCGCGCCGCAAACAGAAGGCUCACGAUAAGAAUGGUAAUGGAGGUUCUUCGGAGGACUUACGUCCGGAGGAGGUGCUGUCGGGGCGGUCCACGCCGCUCGCGAGACCGCGCAAGGAGAUUGCCGGUCAACCACUCCGCACGAACAGGUUCGGUUUCAGGCAACCUCACCACGCUAAAACUGCGAAGGUCGGGGACGUGAGCGUAGCCGCUGAGCCGGCCUUCGGGGCACCGCUUAAGGACAAGGAAACUGCUAUCAAUAACAAUGCUUUAGACAAAAAGGGAACCCCGGGGUACAAUCAGCUGCCGUUGCUGGCGACGCAGGUGUCUUCCUCCGGGGCGACCACCAUCGUAGGGGCCAGUGGAGUGCCCAAGACGGUCACCAAACAAACCGUCAUCCUAACAUACCAGACACAGCAGUACCCUGCACAAGAUGGCCGAACAAAAGCCGGUCGAACAAGCGACCACGCUCGUGGUGCGUCAGUCCCUCGCGUGCAGGAGCCGCAGCGGCUGCCGGGGAAGUACACCUUCCAGACAACGCAGUUACCGCGGCCGCAGUACCCCGCUGUCAAGAAUAUUGACGCUAAGACUAAUAAACAGGUGGUGAACAACACUAGGAAGUCUAGUGUCAAUGACGGAUGGAGGGAAGGCGCAGCAUCAGCAGUGUCCAGUGACUCGGGCGUGUGGACGGGCGGGGAAGGCGGCGGGCCCGAGUUGUCGCCGCGCGCGCGCCGACGUCCGCGAAACCUGGAGAUGGUGAUGCGAAACUCGCAUUGCUUCCAUCUUAGAGAGCUGCAUGACGCUGAUCUUGAUAUAAUGGACGAUGCUCUAGUAACGGGCGAGGCAGUGAUUCCUCUUCCAAAACUACCCAGUUCCUUCGACGACGAGCAGACUCCCGAGUAUGAGGUUACCCCAGUCCCAACGUACAAACCACCGUCACCGAUCCUACCAAAGCCCUCCCCUGUUUCGGAGUCAGCGCAGAGGCAGAACUCGCCGAUGUCGACUCUAGAGAGAUACAGAAAUAGGAACAGACCCUCCCUGAUACAGACUAGUCACGACGAAGAAAAGUUUGUCUUGGAUAGAGCACAACCUGAGAAAUUAAAUAAACAGAACUCAUUUGUGAAGUCCCUGAGUGGCGUCGUGUCUCCGACCACGGUGAACUCAAGCAAGGAAUCCAGUCCCUCGUGCAAGAGUGAGGAGAGCCACUUUGGGAACAGCAGCGCUUGGCAGAGCCACGCCGCUGGUGAAGCAAUGGCUACCAGGUCACAAGACGACGUAUCCUUAGCACUAAGCGUGUCAAGCUGCGAGGAUGACAAAUCGAAGUUGGAGAAACAGGAAGCGCCGAAGGUUGUGGAGCCGGAGAUCCCUAAGAAGACGAUAGUGAUCAUGGACGAGCCACCAGUGCCGCACCCGCUGCUCAUGAAGUCUCUGACGCUGAGCCAGCAUGACUCGCUAAGGGGCACCAUGAUGGGAUCCAUGACAAGUUCAAACUACAGUACAACAAGCACUUGCACAAAUCAGAGCGGAGACCACCACAACCUGACCCUUACGCUAGAAGAAUCCAAAUUCGACAUGUCGGCUCUAGAAACUUCUACCCAAAGCAUGUUGGACGACGAAACAUCCCCAGCAGACAGUCUGAUCUCCUCAACCAGUACCAGUGACUCGAACAAUGAGCUUCAGGUAGAAAGAGACAAUACCAUAUCAAGUUCUGCGUAUCAGACGGCGAAUACAAAGACCAGGUCUCCGGAACCAAUUAUUAAGGAGCAGGACAGUAUUGAUGGAGAUGUUAUACAGCCUGUUAAGGAAGUAGUCAUUGAAACGGUGCGAGUCCAUGGUGAAAGCGCAGACGCCAGCAAGAACCCGACUCCCGAGUCUCCAGGCACCCCGACACAUGCGUCAGGGUCACUCUCCCUGUCCGACGGCCGCGAUUUCUUUGAUGACGAGAUCGCUGAUCAGCCAGCUUUGCUGUUCAGGAAAAACGCUGACGGUAGUCCUUCAAGUAAAACUAUUGAGUCAGACACAAGCAAACACCUAAGGAGGUCGAGGGAACGCAUCACCAACAGCCCGCUCGUUCAAAGAAAUCGUAAAUUGUGUGGACUACGAAACGGGGGUACUGAGAGAACACCAUCCCUGGAUACCCUCUCCAGCUUAGCAUCAGACGACCUCAUGAUGGACAACGAUCUGGCGCAGUCCAUCACUAGCCUGCAAAGCGUCGAUGACUACAUCGAAAGGCUGGACAGCUCACUACGUAGCGGUCUGAACUCCUUAGACGAGAGGCAGCUGCGUCAGGAGCUAUCAUCAUCCAAGAACGCUGUGAGGCAAUGGAGCCAGCUGUUGGAGCAGAACAAUAUCCUGGACCGGCAGCUCGCCGCCAUGGCGCAAGGGAAAAGCACGGCCGAAUCGCUUACAGCAAGCAAUACCAGUCUUUCAAACGUCGGGGCUAGUCUGCCAGUCCGCACGGCGCGGCUUCUCCAGCGAUCCAGGACGCAGACGCCAUCAGAUGCUGGGAUCAGCGAUGGCAGUGCGUCGCCGGCGCCCGCGCCCGCCUCGCUGUUGCAAGACGUGGUCGACAUCAAGACGCUGCUUCUGCAGCUCAAGCGGGUCUUACAGGAGCCCGGGGAGGAGCAUCAUUCGAUGAGUAGCGAAACUCUCGACCCGUUGCUGGCGGCGUGCGCGGAAAGCCCCGCGCGCGGCAACGGGCGCCGCCCCCCCGCCUCGCCGCUGCACCCCGACGCCUGCGCAGAGAUGCGCCGCCAGAUACUCUACCUGCAGAGUCAACUAGAGGAACGUGACCGGUUAGUCCGCGUGCUACAGCAACAGAUGUUGCGUAUGGCCGAGAGCCACGAGCCGCGCCAGGACGACACCUGCAACGUCGCCACGCAGACCGACCGGUUGCGGCCGCCGAUGAGCUCGGCGUUAACGAGUUCUGACAAUUCCGGAUUAGUGAGUUGGAAUGAACAAGCUAGCGUGAGGAAGCUGCCGUCUUACAGUGAAGCACAAAAGACUAAGAGACCUGUUACCAACGGGACUGUGAUCAAAUGCCAGUGUGGUGUUAGGAAAGUGAACGGACACAACGGAGAUGACAAUGUGACAGACAAGCGGACUGACCCCGUGCACCUGAAGACCAACUCCCGCGUCGGAACCAAGUACUUGCAGGCACUCGCGAACAGUGAAACCACCCGGCGGUAUAUUAAAAGAGAUUCAUCUGUGGGUGACAAGACUGAUCGUCGCGCGUUGUACUCCAACAGAUCUCGUUCUAUAGAGAACUUUCAGAACCAGUACACAAGCACCGAGCGUUCGCUCAACAGGAGUGCUGUCAUAGAAGAGAAUCCGCUGAUGAAGCACCACACGUCUUACGGGGACCUGUACAACGGGCGCAUCAGCAGCAAGGAGAGCGUGAGCCCGAGCCUGACGGGGCAGUCCACGGACACGGACUACAGCUCGGACGGCGGCUACAAGUCGCUGCCCUCCUCCAUCAACUGCAACGUCUCGCCCAAGAAGGUCAGCGGCAUCCCGAGGCGGUCCAUCGAACAAAAAUUCAUUUCUACCAAACAUGUCAAAGCGAGCGCUAUAUGAGAAUAAUUCUGUUUAUGAGUCAGUUUCCUCAAUGUUGUGAUAUUUGUUUUUGAAAUCGAUUGCUGAGGCUGUAGGCAAGUUACAUUUUCGCUCCAAUGUUUUAACAAGUCAAAGUCACCUUACUUGUCGAAUAUAUCUAAAUAUCAUUCCCAUACAUUUAAAGUUUCCGACGCGAUGUAACAUUGUCUGCGCCCUCUGGGCAGACAUGGUCGGUCAGUGUAUCUGCUGUAGGCUUCAUGUAACUGUUGAUUAGUUAAAUUCAUCUGUUGUUGAAUGUGCGACGUCUGUCCGGAGUGUGGCGGUGUGUGAGUGCGACGGUGACGUCAUCCCCGUGACGUCACCACACCCAGCGAGUCGCUACAGCUACGCUUGUUCGCAUUUAUUUCCACUCAUCGUAAAGCUAAUUAAGUAAGCUACUUUAGUUGAACGAUGCCAAAUUAUAUCGAUGUUAUAUUUUCAUCUAAUGCCGUGUAAACAUGAAAAUUGAUUUUUUCUUACUUUGACGUGAAAUUUAGUAUUUCGUAAACCGAUGCUUUGUGCAUUUUCUUUUUACUCUUCAAACAAACUUUGACCUCCUGUAUUAUACAGUUAGUGGACUACCUUAAACGGGAAAUAAUUUUGUAGAUUUAAUUUACAAAUUUGUAUACAGGCGAUAAAAAUAUCUUAGAUUUUCUAUGGUAGACAAACUAGUAAUUAAAGCUGUAAUAUGUGAUAAGAGUGGCUGUAAGAUCUUACAAUAUUUAAUUUAAUCCUACUACAUGAUAUCUUCCCUAUAAAUAAUCACUAAGUAAGUAUUUAUUACUUGUGUAUCGUACGCCACACAAAUUUAUGAAUGUUUUACGAAUUAUUGUUUGCUAUGUAAAGUUAUUUAGACAGAGCUGUGUAGGUAUCAAAUAGGUACAAACAUCACUCGCUUAUAAGGCAUUUUAACUAUCCAGAUGUCAUUUUAAAGCAUUUGUCAAAUCAAUGUUAAUGUAAUUUAAUGUUAAAAUUAGUGGAACAUAAUCUUGUGCAGAGCCUAACAUUAUCCUAUAUUGAUACCUAGAAGAUAUCCCAAA